GUCUGGACACCCUGCAAAACAGAAAGGUGGAAAAGAACAGAAUUUCUUGCAAAAAGAAAGGCCCCCUUACAACCGCCAAAACGCCGUCCUUUAAUAUAAAAAUGAAACAAUUAAAACGAAAAAGAAAAAGUAAUUUUAGUGUCAAAGAAACUCAGACUCUACUUAAAGAAAUUCGCAAAAGAAGAGAUCUGCUUUUUUCUAAGCAGCAUAAUACAGCUAUUAAUGAGAUGAAGCGAAAAGCUUGGGAUGAGAUAGCAGAAUGUGUUAAUGCCCUUGGAGAAGGUGAACAACGCACAGGAACAGAAGUAAAACGGCGGUAUCUUGAUUGGAAGGUGCUUAUGAAGAGGAAGCGAUCUAAUGUAAAUGAAAGCUUAGCAGGCAAACGGUUCCCUAUUUCUACCUCUGAUGUGGAGGAGUCCAUGAAUGGAGACUUUGAUGAUGAAAUAAAUGGAUUUUCAAAUGGAUCUGUCUCUGAGUGGCAGGAUAUGCAUGAGUGUAAGGAUACAGGUGGAUCUUUAACAGAAAUUAAGGUGGAAGAAGAGGAUGAAGAUGUCCAUGGUGUAGAGGUCAGUCGUGUUGAAAUUGCACCUUGGAAGAAAUCUACCCCAGUUUGUCCAGAGCGUUCUAAAAGCACAACAUCUGGGAUUAAUUGCAGGGAUACAGAGUUUGAAAUUGAAGAAGAGGAUGAAAGUCUGUCUGCUGUUUUACCUUGCUCUAAGGGAGAUGAUGAACUUCCUGAAGGAUUUCCUCAGAUUGAAGAAUUUGGAACUUUAAGUUCCUCACAGGAACGCGCAGCAUAUGAGGAUUCUCAUAUACUUAUUUCUCUAGAGAAACAACGAUUAGAGCUAGAAAAGCAAAGAAUGGACAUAGAAGCUGAAAGGCUCAUUGUAGAAAAAGAACGGUUACAAAUUGAAAAAGAGAGGUUACGACACCUAGAUAUGGAAAAUGAAAGGCUGCAGUUGGAGAAGGAGCGUCUACAGAUUGAAAGAGAGAGGCUUAGGCUGUUACUGAGUCAGGCAGAUAAACCUGCUGAAAGCGAACAAGCACCAGCAGAAAAACCUGUUCUGCAGCCUGUUGACUUGGAAACAGAAAAACUGAAGCUUGAAAAAGAGCGCUUACAGUUGGAAAAAGAAAGGCUGCAAUUUUUAAAAUUUGAAACUGAAAAACUGCAGAUUGAGAAGGAGCGUUUGCAAGUUGAGAAAGAACGCCUUCGGAUCCAAAGAGAUGGACUUGCACCAUAACAUUUAUUCAGUGUUUAAACAGAUUUAAUCAGUCGUAGUCUAAAUAUUGUAUACGGUUUAAAAAAAUGCCAGUACUCUGGCAGUUAACACUAGACCAGAAUAACGAUUAGGACCUUGCUGAGAAGCCACUGUUGGUUUUCAUAGCUUGAUGGCUAGUACUUAUUUUGUACAUGCAUUAAAGAACUCAGUGCUAUGCUGAGGGAGGUGCUGAUUGACUA